AUGACAGCUGAGGAGACAAUCAGCAUCAAGGAGGCCGAGGUGAUCAAGGUGAUCCUGGACUUUCUCAACUCCAGGAAGCUGCAUAUCAGCAUGCUGGCCUUAGAGAAGGAGAGCGGUGUCAUCAACGGACUCUACUCUGAUGACAUGCUGUUCCUCAGGUAACAUUCUGUUGCAAAACACUGUGUCAUAAACACAAAUAGUAGACUUUAGGAUGAGGAAACAGUUUCUGAAUCUCUGCAGGUGAUUUUAUGUUAGAUUGUGUAGGAUUGACCGCUCCACUGUGAUGUGAACAGUGUUAAUUUGCUGCUUUGAACAGGCAAUUAAUCCUGGAUGGUCAGUGGGAGGAAGUGAUGCAGUUUAUUCAACCUCUAGAAGGAAUGGAGAAGUUUGACAAGAAAAGGUAAGAGAAAGAAAAAGUGUGGGAAUGUUGAAACCUGAUGCACAAAAUCAUAUUUUAUAAUUUACAUAAAGCUUUUACCGGCCAUCUCCCCUAAACUUUUGAUUAGUUAAUUUGAUGCUAAAAAUGGUCUUCAAAAUGUUUGACAGUUGAUGUACAAAUUAUUAUAUGGUUGCAGAAAACCGUCUUGCAGGAGUCAAAAGAAACAGCAUCACAUUUUGGUUGCUACCACCACCAUAAGAAGCUAGCCCCUUAAAUGGUCAAUGAAAUGAAAAAUAGCUUACAUUAAGCACCUAUUUUUAUUUAAUUUUUUGCAAGUUAAAUAUUAAUACUAUUAUAUAUUUCCUCCAACUAUAUUUAAGUUCCCUAUUGAGGACCAAUCUUUAAUUUUGUAAAUUUCAGAAUUAUUCCUGUUAAUUCUCAUGGAAAGUUUCCAACUUUGAAAAUUCCUGGAAUUUUGCAACCCUGCUUCUUACAGUGAGAGAAGAUUGAGGCAUGCUGUUCAUAAAACACAGUCAAUGACAAAGCCUGACCUUUUUAAGAAUUAAAUUUUUAAGGCAUCAUUUAGAGAGUAAGGUAUUUUAAACAGAGAUUUGUCUGAUCCCUGCAGCUGUGAAUUAGAUUUAUUUAAGUAUGGUGAUUUUAUUUGCUUGUCAGUGUAGGAGUUGUAGUAUCUCGAUGUUAUUUGGUGCUUCUUUUGUGACUGAGUUGGACUCACCAGUAAAGCAAGAGACCAGUAGCCUUGGGAGCUAAAUUAGGUCAAGUCCGAGUACAACAGUGGCAUGAUCAUGUCAUAUUACUGACAGUCUCUCUUUCACCAUCCUCGCCAUAAAACAUCCUUAAAAAAGCCAGGAUUUGUCACAAAAGGUUUUAUAAACACCUAAUCUAGAAAAAUUUAUUUAUUAAAACAAAAUUUUGUUUUUCAGGUUCCGCUAUAUCAUACUAAAGCAGAAGUUUCUGGAGGCUCUGUGUGUGAAUAAUGCGAUGUCUGCCACCGAGGACCCCCAGAAUGUAAGUAAAUGUGGAAUCAGGAAAGUACGAGGGUUGGACCACCAGCUGGGAAUCAAAAUGUUAUCAUCUGUAUCUUCACAGCCACAUGCUCCCUUGUCCUUUCUUCAUUUCCAGCUGGAGCUCACCAUGCAGCAGGCGGUGAAGUGCCUAAACAGCCUGGAGGAGGUCUGCCCGACCAAAGAGGACUACAGCAAACUGUGCCUGCUCCUCACCUUGCCACGUCUCACCCACCACGCAGAGUUCAAAGACUGGAACCCGAGUACGGCACGCGUCCACUGCUUCGAGGAGGCCUGCGCCAUGGUAGCCGAGUUCAUCCCUGCGGACAGGAAGCUGAGCGAGGCGGGCUUCAGAGCGAGCGGGAACCGCCUCUUUCAGCUGCUCAUCAAAGGGAUCCUUUAUGAGUGUUGUGUCGAGUUCUGCCAGGUAAUACCAAACAGAAAAAGUCAAAAAUGUCUUUGAAUCAGUGAAUAUUUCAUUUGUGAGCUCCAUUAAAUCUGGACAUCGUAGCUCCAUUUUGAAUCUAAGAAAGUUUAGAUAAGUUUGAAAAUGAGAAGGUCUCACUAUUUCAUCAUUUGAGACCCUUUCUCUUUCUGUUUUGUAGAGUAAAGCUACAGGUGAGGAGAUCACAGAGGGAGAGGUUUUGCUCGGUGUGGAUUUGCUCUGCGGGAACGGCUGUGACGAACUGGACUUGUCGCUGCUGUCCUGGCUGCAGAACCUCACCCCGAGUGCCUUCUCCUGCGCCUUUGAGCAAAAAACCCUAAAUAUCCACGUAGACCGUCUGGUGAAACCCAGCAAGGCCGGCCACGCAGAUCUCCUCACCCCUUUAAUCAACCGUCUGUCACCCUGCCCUGCUUCCCCCUUUCGCCAGAGGCCUCAUUCAGCUGACACCUACAUGUCGAGAUCCCUUAACCCAGCUUUAGAUGGUCUCUCACACGGUCUGGCAUCCCAGGGAAAAAGAGGCAUGGAGGCGAAUGUGAAGUCUGCUCUCAGUCGGAGUCUGGUGGAGAAUAAUGUGCAUCAGGAGGACGAUUCACCCGAGAGGUAAGGAUGAAAAGUUAGGCACACCUGGAGUUCGAGUUUGUUUGUGUUUAUGCAUUCUUUCGGUAUGGAUUGGAAAAGUAAUUCAGGGUAAUUAGUUUAAUCUCACACCAGUAAAAAUAAUAAAACGAUCCACAUGCUAAAUAGGAAUGAAUUCGUCAGGCCAUCCUUUCAGUUGUGAUCAACAGAAGAGUUCCUCCAAAGCUCUUUCCUCCAGCAUGUGCUUGUUCAACCCUCGAUUAAACCCAGCGGUAGAUCUUGUUGGGCGACACAAUCUGCGGCUUCAUUAAUCUCAUUAACUCUGCUUUAAAAGAGAUGUACUGCCUCAUCUGUUGUCUCCUGCAGUGCUUCACAAAGUGUACUCAACUACCACUGGGCGUUGAUUGAUGUAAUAUAAUCUAAAUCUUCAACUAAAGACUCAUAAUGCUCACAACUGGGCCUUGUAUCUAAUUGGGCUGUAGAUUAUAGUUACAUUUCCUCAGCUCAGAUAUUUUGGACUGUAAUGUGCUUAAGAUCAGGUGUAAUCCACUUUUAACUGGUUUUAUUAGAGUCUCCAUGAUCUAUUUGGUCUCCACUGAGCCUUCAGGGUUCACAGCCAGUUGAGAAUGUCAGACACAACAUCACUCUCUAUUCCCUGCAAGUCAGGUCCUCCGCUGUGCCAAAAAAUGGUGACUUCAAAUUUACUCAUUACCACAAACUUUGACUUUUAAAAGUGCAUUUAUGAAAAGAGGAAAUUACUUUGUGUUUUAGCUUUUGUGUGUUUUUUUUUUCACAUUUUCAGCCACAUGAAAAUAAGCCAGUAGAGCUUAGUGCUUUUACAGUUGCUAGAGAAACACUAAAAACCGAGUAUGUCAAAUUACUGAAAAUGAAAAUGUUUCACCCCCAAGUUAUUUAUUUUAUUUCAUUUAACUUUUAUUUAUCUAGGUUUGUCCCAUUGAGAUCUGAGGAUCUCAUUUGCAAGGGAGACCUGACCAAGAAUGGCAGCAAUACAUAGUUACAACAAACAGUCACACAGACUCUGGGGACAACAAACUGUACAAAUCUCAAUGAUCUCAGGUUGUGUAAUCCGUCCUUUAAGAUCAAUAAGGAGGAGAGGUAGUCUGGAAUUUUUCCAAGAAUGCCUUUGUAAAUGAAAAUGUACCAAUGACCAAGCCGACGAGUACUUAAAGAAGUCCAACUGACUCUGGAGUAUAAAGUACAGCUAUGAGUUAAAAAUCCACAAUUUGUUAUAAAUCUCAGAGCUCCAUGGUAAACACUGUCCAACAUUUGCAGACUCUGGGCAGAGGCAUUCAUGUAUAAAACAUCCCCAUAAUCAAUAAGAGGUAAGAAUGUGGACUCCGUAAGUUUUUUUUUAACAUUAAAAGAGAAACGGGAUUUGUUUCUAUAGUAAAAGCCGAGUAAAACUUUCAAAAACAGCUUUCUAACAACAUGCUGAAUAUGUUCUUUAAAAGACACAUUUUCAUCCAGUAAAAACCCCAGGUACCUAAAAGAAGACACAAGCUCAAUUUCUUGACCGUUAAUAUUAACAAUUUUCUCUGACAGUGUUUUUUGUGAUGCUCUUGUGGAUGAAAACAACAUGAGUUUAGUUUUCUCCACAUUAAGCACAAGUUGCAGCUGCCGAAGCUGAUCUUGGACCCAAUUGUAAGCAUGCCGAAGAUCUACAAAAGCCAGCGCAGGUGUUGGUGCACAGCAAUAAAUGACAGCAAUGAAAGUUACGGAUUAGGAAGAGCCUGUGAGGAUCAAAUGUUAAGACUGCUUUACACUCAGCACAGUCAGAGUGUUGGACCGUGACAGGUUUGCUCUGGCUCCACCUGCUGGAUGCAGUUGAUGUGCACAUUUGGCACAAGGUGAAGCGCAACCUCAAACAUACAGUAUGACUUAUUUUAAACUCAAAUUGAGGUGUUGUUCAUCUGGAGCAGGAAUUGGUUUGACAUCCUUAUUUGAAAGAAAUGACUCUAAUAUACAAAUAUCUUGUUUGGUUCAGGUUAUUGAUCUCUAUGCUGUGCUGACAAAAAAUAACACUGCAGCAUAAUCAGUAGUUUGCAAUUUUACUCUUUACUUUCUGUUCUUGUUCAUCUUGCGUUUCAUUGUCAUACCUCCUUCUCCCUGUUGAAUUCAUUGUUUUCAUUCCCUGUCCUUAGGAAGCAUCGGCAAGGGCUUGAUGGACCCAACACCAUGCGCACGCCUCUAACUCCUGGAAAAGAUGGUGGACCACCCAGCAGCGCUGAAACAAAUGAGGUAAUAACCAAAGGAAACAGAAUAGGAAAGAAAUUUUAGGCCGUAACAAGUGUCUUUUGUGUUUUUUGUGUGGUACUUUAUAGAGCGCACUCUGACAAACUGUUUUUAUGACUUUUGUCAAAGUAGUAAAAAAGAAAAACAGCCCCAGUGUCUGUCUGGUCACUUGAGUCAAAGUGGUAGUAAGAUUUCAGUCUGUCCCCCCUCCACAGCCAUUACUCCAGAUUUAAGAGAUUUAGAAUAGUUUCCCCCUGAACCCCUAAGCCACAUCAUUUCCACACCUCCACUGCCUCAUAAAUCCUCCCCUAAUUCUCCACCUCACCCGUCUGAGGGGGGCACCAGCACCCCCCUGCCCCCUGUCUCAGCGAGGAUGGCGAGGGUCAGGGACACUGCCGUCAGAUAAUCUGGUUUGAUGUGCGGUCACACCCAAUAUGGCCUGCUGCUUCCAUCAUCGCUCAUCUUUAUGCAUCCCAGGUCCCAUCGAGGGGAGCGAAGGAGCUUGAGAUUGGAUUGUGUGUGUGCGCGAGCGUGUGUGUGUAUGCGUAUACUGUAGACCCGCCGGAUAUGAUGAGGUCCUUGAAAACUUUUUUUAUGGAACUGAUGAUGGAGGACGAGGCCUUGGGAGUUGAAGAGUUGUCAGUGUUGGCUCUUGGAAGAGAGUUUGUCUAUUAUAAUGUGAUGUGUGUGUGUGUGUGUGCUCAUGUGUGUGUGUGUGUGUGUGUGCUCAUGCAUGUGUGUGUGUGUGUGUUUAGUGGCAAUGAGCACUGCCAAAGGUUGAAGAGAAAACUGAACUGCAAUGAUAAAUAUUCUGUCAUUCAGGUUGCAGGGCCUGUUCAUGAGAAAUAAAUCCUGUCAGAUUAUGACUCUUGAUUUCAGCCAAAGCUUGUUUAUCUGUUUGAUUUCUGUUUCUGUGUUUGUGCAGCGUCUGGACUCCACAGAGCAAAUCCAGGAGUAUUACAGGCAGCGUCUGCGGGUGCAGCAGCACCUGGAGCAGAAGCAGCAGCAGAGGCAGCUUUACCAGCAGAUGCUGCUGGAGGGAGGCGUAAAGCCGCAGGACGGGACCCAAAACAACCUCACUGAGACCUUCCUUAGCAGGUAGAAAUAGAGAUAUUAAAAAAAAAAACUGUGAAAUGAAUUUACAACAAAAGCUCAAAGAGGCAACAUUUACGCCUGAUCUUUUUUUGACACAUUUUCAAACAUUUGUAGGAAUUCAUAUUUAGUUCUCUUAGAGAUAUGGGGAUAUUGAAUGAGGAAUCUGUGAUGAUAUUGGGGUCUAUUGCUGCGUUCAAGUUUCCUUGGAAGUCAGAUGUCGAAGCUGAAAAUGAAAAUGUCAGACUAAAGCAAGGACAAGGCAAGCUCUAAGAUAACUUUCAUAGAUGCAGCCACCUUGUUUCUGCCUCCGAUUUUGCUUUUUUCCGACUUGGUAACUCGAGCGUGACGUCAUUUUCAGCUCCGACUUCUGACUUCUGAGAUAACUAGAACGCAGCAAAACUGAAGCCGAUUAUAUAAGAAAAACUCAAAGAAAUUUUAGUUUUGGAGAAAAACUGGUUCUCAUAGAGCUGAGAGAGGAAACAUUAAAUUAAAUGGGGAAAAAUGGACCCAAAUUGUUGCAGAAAAGGAGGUGAUGCCUUUAAAUAAAGACCCCCAGAAUAUAAAGGUAUAGGUUAUAUAUCAUGAUUUUUCUGAAGUUGUUCUGACAGUAUAAGAAAAUGUGGAUUUUUCACAGUGUUUUGUUGUUUCUGUUUUUGUUCAAAUGAAAAAUAACUACUGAAACAGUUCUCAGAAUAACUUUUAUGUUAAAUCUUACUUCUGUUCUGUUGAUGUAAAUAUGUUCUCUGUCUAGAUCCAUUCAGAAAUUAGAGGAGAUGAACGUUGGCAUCGAUCACAGAGCAGACGAGGUGAUAUCACAUCUAGGCCAGCAGAGGAAUGGGCUCCCAGGGAACACCAGCACCUCCAGUCCUAGAACCAACAACACCCGGCACACUCCAGACACGGGGCUGCCGAGGGACAAGCCCGGUGGGUGGGUCAGCAGCACCCCAUUAGGGACUGGGAGUCAUGGGUUGCCUUCCCUCAGCGAGUCCCCAGUUCCUGCAAGUAAAAGGUCAGAGUGCUGUGUCGAGUUUGACCACAACUACCAGGUUCUCACUGUCUCCAUCUGCUGAAUGCAAAGAACAUAACUGACUGUGUGCAUGUGUUUAUGCGUGUGUGUUGAAUUUUCAGCGCUGAGAAGAUCAGAGGAUCCUGUCCAACCGGCCAAGGUGACUCUUCCAGCUCCGGCACACGUAACUCACAAGAGGUAGAGCACACUGCCCACAAACUGUCAAAGUAUGAAAUUAAAACCAGUCAUAGAUCCUUCAGUGCUUCCCUUGAGUACUGCGGUUUUUUAACUUCAUCAGCUGGUCAAAAUAAAUGCUCUGAAAUAUCUCUGAACUGUUUUCUAAAUGAUUGAUGAAAGCGUAUCGUGUUUCUAAAGCCGUUCCAAUGCACACAUAAAUCAUCAUUUAAAAGAUGAUUUUCCUCACCUCCUCUACAGCCAGGGAAGCCCAAAACUCAGUUUGUUAGAGUGAGCCAGCUGGAGGACACACAGGCAGUGCGAGCGGUGGCUUUCCAUCCUGCUGGAGCGCUCUACGCUGUCGGCUCCAACUCCAAAACCCUGAGAGUCUGUGCGUACCCAGAGACGCUGAGUGCCAGGUAGGACACAUUUAAGAAUCUGCAUGAGGAAAAACUGUACCAGUGUGUUUUCACUUAUUUAGUGGUUAGUCUUCCAGAGCAACUGUAGCUGAUACACACCAUUUCAGAAGCCAUGUUUUCCUUUGCAUGUGUUUAUUUGUGUGUCUUUCUAUGUUAGCAUUUCUGGUGCGAUUAAACAGCCGGCGGUGCGCUUCAGGAGGAACAAACACCACAAGGGUUCGAUCUAUUGUGUCGCCUGGAGUCACUGUGGACAACUUCUUGCCACCGGGUCCAAUGAUAAAUACGUCAAGGUCCUGCCGUUUAAUGCAGACGCUUGCAAUGCCACAGGUACUAUUUUGUCUAGAAAACAGGAAGCAGGGACUACAUCGUUUUUCCAUUCAGUGUGUUUACUAACAUACAUCUCUGACUCAGGCCCAGACCUGGAGUUCAGCAUGCAUGAUGGGACAAUCAGAGAUCUGGCCUUCAUGGAGGGCCCAGAGAGUGGAGGAUCCAUCUUAAUCAGUGCUGGAGCUGGGGACUGUAAUAUCUACACAACGGACUGUCAGAGAGGACAGGGUCUCCACGCCUUGAGUGGACACACAGGUUUGUUAGCAGUGGCACUUUCCCUUCUAGUGCAACAAAAGGAGCAAAAGAAACUGGCACAAAUGUUGGGGGUAUUUUGAUCUAGAAACUAAAAGAUAAGGUUCUGGGCCUUAUUAAACUUGCUCAACAAACACAGAUGAGGGAUCCUUUGUUUGGUCAUAGCAUGUAUGAUAUUUAAGACCGUCCCUGUUUCAUUUGGACAGGUCAUAUUCUGACUCUGUACACGUGGGGAGGCUGGAUGAUUGCGUCAGGCUCCCAAGACAAGACAGUCCGCUUCUGGGACCUGCGGGUGCCCAGCUGUGUCCGGGUGGUGGGCACAACUCUGCAUGGCUCUGGUGAGUGACAUCCUAAAAAAACAAACAAACAAACAAACAAAAGACAGGUAGGGGAGAGUGGGGUAAGUUGAGCCAAAGGGUAUGGUCAACUUACCCCAUACACGUGGUAAGUUGACCAUAGGAGACCACUUUUUUUUGGCAUGCUAUAUUAUCAUGUUUACACUCAUUCUGUUGGUUUGCAGGGAUGAACAACAUCCUGAAAUAUAUGCAGAUACACUAGUUAGAGACAAAACUAUGAUUGUCUUGAUGUAGUGAUCCAAAAUAUGAAAAAUGGCUCAUCUUACCCCACUCUCCCCUAUUUUAAAACAACAGCUCAUUGCAGCAAACGUUUUUACCUUAUCGGUCUCACGCAGGAAGUGCAGUUGCUUCUGUGGCCGUGGAUCCCAGUGGCCGCCUGCUGGCCACAGGUCAGGAGGACAGUACCUGCAUGUUGUACGACAUCAAAGGAGGCCGCAUAGUGCAGACGUACCGCCCACACGGCAGCGACAUUCGCUCUGUGCGCUUCUCACCAGGAGCUCAUCAUCUCCUCACUGGCUCCUACGACAACAAAAUCAUCAUCAGUGACCUACAAGGUAGGAUUAGUGUUUCAUUAAACACUUGAGGAAGAGAUCUAGACUCGCCAUUAUAGGCUUUAUGUUUUUAUCAUUAAGACAUUAAAAUGUAAUACCUCUGACCCCAGGUGACCUCACAAAGCCCCUCCCUCAGACGGUGGCGGGGGAGCACUGGGACAAAGUGAUCCAGUGCAGGUGGCACCCUCAUGACCGGACCUUCCUGUCCUCAUCUGCAGAUCGAACUGUGGUCCUCUGGGCGCCUGGCCCCUGA